AUGGACGGUUUACAACUACGUGAUGAGGCCGCGCAGGAUCGCGUGCGUGCCGCAACUGAAUUUCUUGACCCUAAUGAUGCACGGGCACGCAGUUACCGAGCGGAUAUUGUGGUUAUGCUGAACAAGGGUGGGCGACGAUUGACGGUCAGCAUCGAUGAAAUCAGAGCACACAACCGGGAGCUUGCCGAUGGGCUGCUUUCUUCGCCGUUUGAUUAUUCACAAGCCUUUGACGCAGCCUUGAAGGCGGUUGUCAAAACCUUGCCUGGUCGGCCACUUAGAGAAACCUCGGAUGAUGCGAACUACUACUGCGCUUAUGUCGGUGCAUUCGGAGAAUUUUCUUCCAAUCCGCGCACGUUGGGAUCAGAACACUUGAACCACAUGGUCUCUCUCGAGGGCAUUGUGACAAAAUGCUCUCUCGUACGCCCGAAGAUCAUCCAGAGUGUUCAUUAUGUCGAAAGGAAGGAUCGGUUUGUUGCCAGAAAAUAUCGUGAUCAAACUAUGGGUGCCAGCGGUGCAACCAGUUUGAACGUUUACCCUCAAGAGGACGAUGAGAAGAACCCGCUUAUCACCGAGUACGGUUACUCAACAUAUCUCGACCACCAGUCGAUUUCUAUCCAAGAAAUGCCCGAACGUGCCCCGGCAGGACAAUUGCCCCGAAGUGUCGAUGUCAUUUUGGAUGACGACCUCGUCGACACUGCCAAGCCUGGCGAUAGAAUCCAGUUGGUGGGUAUCUACCGUACCCUUGGUAACGGAGGCAGUGGCUCGUCGACUUUCCGCACCGUCAUCAUGGCGAACAACAUUAUCCAGUUGUCUUCGAAGAGCGGUGGAGGCAUUGCAGAGGCAGUGCUUACGGAUACCGACAUUCGAAACAUCAAUCAGAUUGCCAAGAAGAAGAAUGUGUUUGACUUGUUGUCCAAGUCCCUGGCUCCUAGUAUCCACGGGCAUGACUACAUCAAGAAAGCCAUUCUCCUGAUGCUUCUCGGUGGAAUGGAGAAGAACUUAGAUAACGGAACUCAUCUUCGUGGUGAUAUCAACAUCCUUAUGGUUGGUGAUCCCUCGACUGCGAAGUCCCAGCUUCUUCGUUUUGUGUUGAAUACGGCGCCAUUGGCGAUCGCUACUACAGGUCGUGGUUCGUCCGGUGUCGGUUUGACUGCUGCUGUUACAUCCGACAAAGAAACCGGCGAACGUCGACUGGAGGCUGGUGCAAUGGUUCUCGGUGACCGUGGUGUGGUGUGUAUUGAUGAGUUCGACAAAAUGAGUGAUGUCGAUCGCGUCGCCAUCCACGAAGUCAUGGAACAGCAGACUGUUACAAUCGCAAAGGCCGGUAUCCACACAAGCUUGAAUGCUCGCUGCAGUGUCCUUGCAGCAGCCAAUCCGAUUUAUGGCCAAUAUGAUCCCCACAAAGACCCGCAUAAGAACAUUGCUCUCCCUGACUCCUUGCUUUCUCGUUUCGAUUUGCUGUUCGUCGUGACCGACGAUAUUGAGGAUACCCAUGACCGAAUAAUUUCAGAGCACGUUCUACGCAUGCACCGUUACCGCCAGCCUGGCACCGAAGAGGGUGCGCCGGUUCGGGAACAGCUCAAUCAAACAUUGGGCGUGGGAGGUGAAGACCGUCAAGAUGCCAACGCGCCAAGUGAGGUCUUCGAGAAGUUCAAUGUUAUGCUCCACGGUGGCAUGGUCGACGCUGCCAAUGCUGGUCGCCGCCGUGGUAAGAAUGUGGAAAUCAUUAGUAUUCCCUUCAUCAAGAAGUACAUUCAAUACGCCAAGAAGCGAAUCACGCCCGUCUUGACCAAGGGAGCUGCCGACCACGUCAUCGCCACAUACUCUGCUCUGCGAAACGAUGAACUCACUGGCAACAAGCGUCGCACAUCACCCAUCACCCCGCACGAGAAGGAUGCUAAAAAUGCCGAGAUCAUCCUGCGUUUCGCCAUGUUCAAGGAAGUGGUCGAGGACGAGCGCCGGAAGAGACGUAAGACCACAUUUGACGAUUCCUCCGACGAUGACAGCGAAGCCGAACUCGAUGACGACUCCGAUGAUGACACCAACGCCCGCGGCACAUCGACCGCCACACCGGGUAGACGCACUGGCACAGCACGCACCCGCGGUACCGCAACGCAGUCUAGUGUUCCAGUCCCGGACGAGGACGAAGACCCAGACAGUCUAUACACAGCCAGCCCUCGCGCUCAACGCUUGCGUUCGAGCCAGACAGCUCGCACCCAAACCCAAACUGACUCCCAGAUGUCAAUGGCAUCCUCGCAGCCAGCCUCGCAACUCAUCGAGUCCCAGACAGACUCGCAGUCCACUUCCGCAGACGUCCCGAUCACGCCUGCGCGCAUGACAGUCUUCCGGCAGACUCUGGGCCCGCUCAUGGGCAAGACGGUGUUCAAAGAUAGUGACACAAGCAAGAUUGAUGACUUGAUCAAUGCUGUUAAUACUGCUAUCCGGGAAUCAUCCCAACUUGGCGCUUCGCACGUCUUCUCCCGCCCCGAGGCUAUCCAGGCCUUGCGGGUCAUGAAUGAGGACAAUAUCCUGAUGUACCUCGAGGAUGACGAAGAUGUGUACCGGGUCUAA